UGGUCGGCUUUCAGUGACGAAGGGCGAAGGAGCGAACUGGAGAAGGGAACCUAUUUGACAGAAUGGCUCCUUACCGUCUGAGAAUGCAUCACAUCCCAGUAUUCUUUGCAAUCACAAUAAGUCUAACAUGGCUGAUCGUCAACAAUGUCCUACCAGUCGUCUUCCCACCAUGGGAAUGGGACAAGAGGGGGUCUAUCGCACAGCGUGUCAGAAACGAAUCACAGGGGCAAGAGAAUCAUGGAGUCACUGUGGUUGAGCAAGGAAUCUCAAACCAGCAUGGCAACAGGCCAGAAUUUGGACAUAAUCGCGGUGGGAACGUUCACACAGCACCUAGGUGUAACACUACUGUUGCGAUUCUGCUGCAGUCGUUGCUGCCCGGACUUGAUUGGAGGGAGUACAAACAAUUCGUGGACCAGUUCAAACAACACUCAGCCCAAUUUAAAAGUGGAGAGAAACUGAAAAGUCUUCACUUGAAAUGUCCGAGACAGAAAUGUGAUGUUCACGUCUUAGUCACAGUAGAAGCGAGAUAUCUCAAUGGUUCUGAUGCAAUCAUUGUCAACAUGCACCCACUGCAUAUGAAAGAGAAACAUCCGAAACUCCUCCCCCAUCUAAGAGAAGUCUUGAAUCCCAAGAUUCAUUGGUUUUUCUACGGUGUAGAGAGCCCACAAAUGAUGACUUUCUGGGACCAGUCAGUUGGCGAGAUUCUGUAUCAUCAUUCAAUUACGUACCACUCUGAAGCGGACAUCGAACUUCUCGCUGCAAAAUACUCGCCCAACCACCCUGAACGCGUAACGUCAACUGAGCGGGACUGGUCGGCCAGUAAGACUGGCAUGAUAGCCUGGAUGGCCAGCAAUUGUAAAUACACCUUCUGGCCUCGCCUAGAGUUUGUCAGCGAGCUGAAGAGGUACGUCCCCGUCGAUAUCUUCGGAAAGUGUGGAAGCGCACAAUGCUUUCCAGUCUUUGAUGCCUUUGCAAAGAAUUGUACGCGUGUCAUGGAACGGUACAAGUUUUAUCUUUCACUCGAGAAUUCCGAGUGUGAUGAAUAUAUCACGAGGAAAGUUUGGGAAAACGCUCUCGCCGCGGGAGCAGUGCCAGUAGUUUACGGAGGCAGGAAGGAAACAUACCAACGACUUCUACCUCCAAAGUCUUUUAUUCACAUCGGCGAUUUCAACUCAAUUGAAGCCCUGGCAGCUUAUCUCCAACUCCUUCACUCCAACAACAGCCUGUACAACACGUACCAUGCUUGGCGAAAAUUUGGUAGGUUGGAAACUGGGCAAUACCCGCCCUUGGACUCACAACUUUUCUGUAAAGUUGUACCCUUCACAGCGGCUCCACCCCCUCAGUUUAAAGUGGUGAAGAAUAGUGGCUACUUUAAGGGUUGCAGAAGCUUGCCCGGAGUCUUUGCUAAGAAAGCUUCCUUAAAAUCGUUUGUUCCAUGGAAGUAGGCCUGGUGAUAUAAUAUCAACAGGUCGCCUUUCUUUAGUAAACUCAUCCUCAUUCCUAUUGUAAACUCAAUAGGCUUUUUUAUCGUUUUAUAUCUUCCCCCUUUUAUUCUCACCAUUAUAUUUCUUCACGUCCUUGUCAUGCCUUUUUCCAGUUAUUCUCGUUUAAAAAUAUAUUUAGGCUUGUGGCAUGUUCAACUCCACAUAGGUUCGCGCCCUUGCCCCGUAGUUUCUCUAAGUGUACUCCGUUCAGUAAAAAUGUUUCCGAAAACUUUGCACCUUUGGCUUUUUAAUGGUGGUCCGAUCAAGAAAUGAAAAGGUUUGGUUUGACCAAUUUCUGCAGAUUAUAACGUUUGCAGCAAAUCGCUUGUACGGUCCUUCUGUUUACACAGGCUGGAAAGAAUUAAGCAGAAAUUAAAAUUAUACUUUGAAAAUGUUGGAAGGAAACUUUGGAGGAAUGAUUAAAAAGGAAGGUUUUGCCCAUGGGGGCUGAUCUUACAUAGUUUAUUGUACAAUGUAUAACAUAAUGGCGUUAUUAGUUAUUUGACAAAGCCACAAAUUGUGAGAAUUUUUAAAUUACUUUCUAGUGAAAAAGAAAAUAGUACAUGUAAUUUCCCUUUACAGUAAAUGUCCUCAACCUUUAAUUGGUAAUAUGUCCCGUGGUUCUUUAUGUUAGCCUUAGCUUGCCCCACUGUAACAAAAACUUAGACACUCGGUCAAAUCACAUUAGAGUUGGUACGAGUGACCCCCUCCCAUCAUAUAUUUUAUCCGCCAAUGCUUAAGUUCAUUUUAUCUACUGGAGUUUAUCAAUGAUAUCCCGGCUUCUUUCCUUAACAAGCAAAUCAACUUCUGUUCUUUAUCCUAACAUUUAUGUUCCCAAUUAUCCCAAGUCUUUCCUUAAGGCUCGUUCAUCGUAAACCGAUAAAUCUUACUUAAACUGUAAGGAUUUGUAUUUGAUUUAAAAAAUUUCUUUUAUUUGCAUAACCGUGAUAUUUUUUUCUUUGACAUUUUGUAAAUAUUUUCUCUAGUUUCUUGAAGUUUCUUUGAGUUUUGUUUACAUAUACUAGGUUUCUAGAGUUCGAGACCAAGACAAAGACCUUAUAUAUUCAAAUACUUUUUAGUUUGCUUAUGAUAUUUCCAUUUAUGGUUCAGGCCAUGUGCUUACGGUCAUAGUGGUUUAAUGUAUUGUUUUAGUACUUCCACAGACUUUGGUUUAUAGUUUUUAGGCAUCAGGUUUAAACUUGGUCUUGGUCAAAACGUACGUUGUACAUGUGUUAUUUGAUACGCAACAGGGCGCUCACAAAACGAAUAGCUGGAACGCACAAAAAACAACUGGCCCUGCCAGCAACAUCUUGGAUGAUGGUCAAAUUCCCCCCCCCCCAUUGGGGGAAACUAAUUGUGCAUGCAUUACUUACGAAUGCAGGUGCUUCCGAUUCUGUUCACGCACGGGAAUACACUUUAACAGCCACGAUGAGGUUGCGCAAUAGUCUGGUACAAUCUUGCACGGCACUGGUCGAAAAUUAUGGCCAGCUGUGUAAAUAAUGCCAUGGGGGCUCUUGGGUGAGUUGUUUGUGCACAGUUGAGUGACACUUUGCCAGACCCGGCUGGUGUUUUUUCUUUUCACUGCUCAGGGGAAUCCCUGACGAUGAAGGCAACUAAACUAAGCUGUUCGGCAUGAGAGGUAGGAUGAAAUGGGAGGUGAUUGCGUUGAAACCUUUGUUUAAUGAAAACAAUAGCAAAAACGACUAGGGGUUGGAGGCCAUUGGAUUGGUUUUCUUAGUAAUCAAAAUGUUUUAUUUUUUCCAAGAAUAAAUACUAAGUAUUAUAAAUGGACUGACAGGGAAACCAUUGGAUUUGCAUAAUCAGUCCCUUCCCUGAAAGAUCAGUUUAGAGUCAUUGGUUUAGUCAAUUUAGUUUGUGUUUUAGGAUUGUCCUUUGUUUUCAUUGGGUUUAAGGUUUAGAUUUGCUGGUCGCGUUCAAUAGAAAUUGACAUGGCAUUUCCCCCUGCAGAAUUUCAUGUUGUAGUGACAGCUUCCAUAACAAAAGAAGCGAACGGCAGUGCAAACGAAAGAUUUCCCCCACGCCUCCCUUUAUGUGUAAAAAUGUCCUUUG